GGACAUUGAAUAACAGUUCUUUGCGGGACUUCAAGGUGUGCGUUAUGGAUGAUUCUGACCCUUUGAGUAAUGUUAACUGGAACGCACGAAAACAUUCAGUCACUAGCCGUCGUCAUGUUGAACUAGUUGGGUUUUCAGAUACGCUUUUAAAAAUGUAUAAUGGUGUCCUUCAUUGCGUUAUGGAGCUGUAUCGAGAUGAUAGGGAUUGUCAGUUUUCCUGGCAGCAUUUUAGGAACGCUGCUGAUAAACUGGCAGAAAUGCACAAAUAUGUGAAGCUAACAAUACUGAAAGUGUACGAACUGGGCAUUGUUGAGGGAGCUGCUUCUUUUUCCUCUGAUUUCUUUGAAAAAAUUCGGGAUAUGCCACUGCAGAAUGGAAACAAAAAUAUCCCAUUUGACUGCAUCCAGCAUUAUCUAUGCAGACCAGAUGACCCACCUCCGAAAUCUUUACGACGUAUAAAACGUGUGGCUGUUCGUCGGCGUUCACGGCACGUACGUAAUGUAAUGGAAAUAAUUGAACAGUAUAUGCAUCCGACCAGUGUUAAUUCUAAACAGACUGAAUCUAGUUCAUCUUCCUGUAGACACCAACUUCCAACAUUGAUGCGGGAUGCAGAAAAACAUCUUAAUUGGACUGUUACACAGAAAGCCUCGUCGUGUAUAUUAUCCCCUGAUACAGAAAUCGACUGUCAUAGCGAAGACAGUGGAACGUCGCAAAGUAGUUGUACUUGCGAUGAUUAUUUCACAGAUACUUCAAAUUCAACUAAUGAAGAGGAUGAUUAAGACAAUCUUAUAACUGUGUAACUUCAAUGAUUUUUAAUCAUGUACUACUUUACCUAGUCUAUGUUAGAAUUUUUUUCCCUGUGUUUAAAUAAUCAAGAUAAUCGAGAUGUAGUCUUAUAAAGAGUACCUGUGCAGACAAAAUAUAUCUAAGUGUUACUGUCAGUUUCUUUGCUUCUAUCCAAAUCUGCUUCAUUAAUCGACUCUCUAGUAUAGUUUUUGAAAUUUUUACUUUGGCUUUGGUUGUGUGAAUUCAUGCAAAUACCUUUAUUUAAAUUUAGUUUUCAAAUAUCAAUGAAGUAUUUUGGUUUACCUGACCUUAAAGACUAUUUUUUAAACGAACUACAACUAUUACUAUAUGUCGGCCCAAAACCACCAAAUCUAACCCGAUAUUUUGUUAUACUAUAUAUGACCACUUGUGUUAAUUAAUUAGUCUUUCUUCCAGUAUUCAUCUUCCAGUUAGUGAUUCUCUGUUGUAUGUCUUAUAUGUAUAUGUACAUCGUGAUAUUCUAUUUAAAAUCUACUUUCAUGUUCACAUAUAUGUAUGUAAAAUGUAUUAUUAAUGUUAAAAUCGUGUAUCAGUCAUUAAUAUUUAAAAAUAAAUGCAUGCUAACAUAAUAACAUAACUGAUGUUCCC